GCGGGUGCGGUUCGCGCUCCCCGCUCCUCCCGGCCGGGGCGAGGCAGCAGCGCCGGGAUCCGACCGAGCGGCAUCUCCCGUGCCCGCGGGGAGCGCCGGGCCCAGAUGGCUGAGAACACGAGCAGGGGCCUGCAGGACGUGCCGGGCUCUUCUCCUGAUGAAAACGAGUUCCCUGUUGGAUACCCCACCACCAUCUGUGAGGAUGUGCCUGGGCAGAAGUACCUGUGCAGCAACUGCAACAACAUCCUGAAGAAGGCCCUGCAGACGCUGUGUGGGCACAGGUACUGCUCUGCCUGCCUCGCCUGGAUCGUCCGAAACAAUAAAAAUGCAAUUUGCCAGAAAUGUAAGGAGGAAGAUCCCAACAUUUUAAGUGAGGAAAGCCUACUGGCAGAAGAAAGAGCUUUUGGUGAUGCUGCCAUUAAUAAAGAGAUUUCUGAACUCAAAGUCCACUGUGUGACCCUGGGAUGCAGUUGGUCUGGUAUCAUGAGAGAUUUUGAAGAGCAUCAGAGCUUAUGUGAAUAUGCUUUAAUCCCCUGUCACACUGGUUGUGGGCACGUGGUGAUGAGGAAAAAACUGGCAGAUCACUUGGAAAACGGCUGUGUCAAUAAUGUGAUGGUGUGUCAGCAGUGCCAGCGCAGCUUGUCCAGCACUGAAUACCAAGAACAUUCAUGUGAAGACAAUUUCUGUAAGGAACAAAACCAUGUGCAAACAGAAACAGCAUCCAAGGAAAAGAGCCUCUCUACCCCCUCAGCCAACAAGGAUGGGUGUCGCUUUUCUGAAGUGGGCUGUUCAUUCAGGGGAGGCAAAGAGAAGAUGAAGGAGCAUGAAAAAUCUGCAGUUGGGGCCCACAUGCUGCUGCUGCUGCAGCACAUGAGGCAGCUGAAGGGAACCUUGUGCUCUGACGCCAAGGCUGUGCUGAACGGGAACAGGGCAGGAAAAAGCAUCUCCAGCCUGCAGAUCCCAGCAGGGCUGGAUGUCAGUGGGGAUCUGGAAGUGGACUGCUUGCCUGGAUCUUCUGUUUCUGAGGAUGAGUCUGUUCUGCAACAACUCAUGAGGGAGAAGGUGAUUUCCGAGCUGGAAAAUAAGCUGCACGUGUUCGAGAACAUCGUGGCAGUGCUCAACAAAGAGGUGGAGAGCUCCCACAUGGAAAUCAUGGCCUUCCGGAGGCAGAGUGAGCUGGACCAAAACAUAAUCCGAGGCCUUGAGCUGAAGAUUGCAGAGCUGCACCGGUGCCUGACACAGAAGGACGCGGGGCUGAGCAGCCUGCACAAGAGCCUGGUGUUCUCAGAGCAGGCCUCCUACGAUGGCAUCUUUCUGUGGAAAAUAACAGACGUGGGCAGGAAGCUCCAAGACUCUGUGACUGGCAGGACAGUGGGGUUGUAUUCACCAGCUUUCUACACCGCAAAGUAUGGCUACAAAGUGUGCCUGAGGGUGUACCUGAACGGGGAUGGCACAGGGAAAGGGACCCACAUGUCCCUGUUCUUCGUGGUUAUGAAAGGAGACUACGAUGCUUUGCUCCCGUGGCCUUUCAGGCACAAGGUGACGUUUAUGCUGCUGGACCAGAACAACAGGGAGCACGUCAUCGACGCCUUCCGGCCGGAUUUGACCUCCGCGUCCUUCCAGAGGCCGGUGCACGACAUGAACGUGGCCAGUGGCUGCCCCACCUUCCUGCCCCUGGCCAAGCUGCAGUCCCCCAAACACGCCUACGUGAAGGAGGACACGCUUUUCCUCAAGUGCAUCAUCGAAACCAAUUAGCAAACCUGGAGGGCUGGGAAAUCACCCCCGGAAGGGCGAGAGGAAACGGGGAUGAAACCGCCCGUCUGAGGGCUCGGGGUGGUUUUUCGUGUGCACACAAAGCCCACUCGUGUCACCUGGAGAUCCCCCUGUGCCAAGGGCUUCCCCCAGUGCCCACGGAAUGGGCUCCUGCCCAGGGGAAUGUGAUUAUCCCACCCAAACAGCCGCUUUUCCUGGUUUGGGUGUCGGUCACAGUCACCCCCAGCCCCUCAGAGGGAUCUGUGGAGGAAGCACUGCUGUUCCUCACACCUGGCCCGGGCGUGGGGGUGGUUCUGCCGGGGUUCCUGGCAGGGAGUGAGGCUCAAAUCCCUUGGAUUGACGGGUUUGGGAAGUGCAAGGGGGAAGCUGAGCUUUGUCAUCCUCCGGCAGCACCGUGGCACAUCCAACUCCCUUUGCAGGGGGCACAGUCCCUGGACUGCUGCCUGGCAGCCCCAGGGGGGAAUUUUGGCUGUUCCCAGCAGGAACAAGGACAGGUUCCUUCCCCUGAGGCCCCCCUUGGGUGUCUCUGCCUGUGCUCAUGGUGAGCUCAGGAGCCCUGGGCAGCUCUGGUGGCUCCAAUCCCUGCCCAGGGGGAUUCCUCCCUUCCUUUAUUUUAUUUAACCUCUAUUUAUGUGCCCUGUUGUGUUGCAGCAGCAAGGGACCAGAUUACACUGUGCCUUGGGGGAAUUACUCUUGGAUUUCCAAAGGAGCUGUUUGACUUUCCCAUUGCAGAUCUGGAGCUCUGGGCGUUGGAAACCCCUGGAAACCCAGAGCUCUGCUCCAGGCAGGAUAGGGAUCCCUCAGUGGCUUUGCUUUCAAGUGUCCAGUCACUUCUUGAACCUUCAAGGCAAGUGACUUAUUGGAAAUUAUUGAUUUUUUUUUUUUAUUGCUUCUUUUCAUGUGUUCUGAUGUUUAAGUCUUUUCACACGCUAAAACAGAAGUAACUGCAGAAAUGGUUUUUCCUUUUUUUUUAAGUAGAAGUAAGAAAUUAAUUUUUUUUUUUUUUUAAUAUGCAAGACCAGCUUGGGACUGUCUGGAUGUAUGCAAAAUCUCUCAUUUCUAUCUUGACAACAUCCUUUAAAAUAAUUAGUUGUGAUAAAGUAUCACAUUUCAAAACCACCCACCCUAUAAACAAAUAUUUAUCAACGCUUGUUUGGGAAGAAACUGGAUAUUCUUUGCCAUCACAGACACACAGUCUCUCUCUCUGUCUGGCUUUUCCUCUAUUCCAUACUUAAAAUGUCUUUCAAGGACAGAAAGUUAUUUUUCCAGCCCCUGUAACCACACUGGAGUAAUUUGCCUAAAAAUAGUAUGCUUCUCAUGGCUGUAUCACUUUGGCAAGUGCUGUAUUUAUUACAAUCAUUCCUAUUUUCUUACCAUUUUAUUUAUUUCCUAAAUAAA